AGUAAAAAUUGAUAAUAUCACAGGGGAGACGGAGUAAGGCAGCAGAGAACCAUGAACGCCCCAGAUCGAUACGAGCGUUUCGUCGUGCCUGAAGGCACCAAGAAGGUUUCCUACGAGAGAGAUACGAAGAUAAUAAAUGCUGCGUCCUUCACCAUUGAGAGAGAGGACCACACCAUCGGGAACAUUCUCCGGAUGCAAUUACACAGGGACCCUAAUGUGUUAUUUGCCGGUUACAAGCUUCCUCACCCGUUGCAGUACAAGAUUCUAGUUAGGGUGCACACAACUAGCCAAUCGUCUCCAAUGCAGGCGUAUAACCAGGCUAUAAAUGAUCUGGACAAGGAACUCAAUCACUUGAAGAGUGUUUUUGAGGAAGAGAUGAUGAAGCAUCCUAGGGAGUUCUAAGGCAUAUAAGACUCAGGCAUUCUGCAGCCAAUGAAAAUGUCAUUUUGGCCUUUAAGAUCCUACUCUUUACAUUUGAUUGGUGGUGGAUGCCUAAAUUAACAGGCCAUCGGUAUGACUUGUGUUUUCCUGGCUCUGUGCCUUAAUUUCAUGCUCAUUGUUGUCUAUAUCCCCAUGGACUUGAUGUUGUAUGCUUACAAUAGACUUCAAAGGAUUUAGCUUUUGCGAUUGCCUUCUGGACUUACUUUUAA